AUGGGAGGCCUUCCCAUCUGCAUGCCGGGAGUAAAGUUCACUGCCAUAGGACCACCGCCAGUUGGCGGAGGUGGUGGAGCGGAUAAAUUCCCACCAGGUGGCAUAGGCCUAGGCCCAUUGGCCAUAGGAGGAGGAGGAGGAAGAGGCAUUGAUGAUGGUGGCCGAGGAGGGUUUCCGGCAGGUGGCCCGGGAGGCGGAGGUCCUUGUGGCGGUGGAGGUGGUGGAAGGCCUUGUGGCGGCGGUGGCAAAGGCCCUGGAGCUACUGUGCCGUUGGCUGCAGGCGGCGGAGUGAAGGGAAAGGAGUUUAGAUGGUUACGGUGA